AUGGUUCAAUCAUCUGUCUUAGGUUUCCCACGUAUCGGUGGUCAAAGAGAAUUAAAAAAAGUUACUGAAGCUUAUUGGUCUGGUAAAGCUACCGUUGAAGAAUUACUUGAAACUGGUAAAUCUUUAAGAGCUCACAAUUGGAAAUUACAAAAGGAAGCUGGUGUUGAUAUCAUUGCUUCUAAUGAUUUCUCAUUUUACGAUCAAGUUUUAGAUUUAUCUCUUUUAUUUAAUGUCGUUCCUGAUAGAUAUACUAAAUUUGAUUUAGCUCCAAUCGAUGUUUUAUUCGCCAUGGGUAGAGGUUUACAAAGAAAAGCUACUGAAACUACUGCUGCUGUUGAUGUUACUGCUUUAGAAAUGGUUAAAUGGUUUGAUUCUAACUAUCAUUAUGUUAGACCAACUUUCUCUCAUUCCACUGAAUUUAAAUUAAACUCAGUUGCUAAACCAGUUGUUGAAUUCAAUGAAGCUAAAGCUUUAGGUAUUCACACUAGACCAGUUAUCUUAGGUCCAGUUUCUUAUCUUUACUUAGGUAAAGCUGAUAAAGAUUCUCUUGAUUUAGAUCCAAUCACUUUAUUAGAAAAAAUCUUACCAGUUUAUAAACAACUUUUAUCUGAAUUAAAAGCUGCUGGUGCUAAUCAAGUUCAAAUUGAUGAACCAAUUUUAGUUUUAGAUUUACCUGAAUCUGUUAAAGAAAAAUUCCAAGUUGCUUAUGAUGCUUUAGUUUCUGAAUCUGCUCCAGAAUUAACCUUAACUUCUUAUUUCGGUGAUGUUAGACCAAACUUAAAAGCUAUCGAAUCUUUACCAGUUGCUGGUUUCCAUUUCGAUUUCGUUAGAGUUCCAGAACAAUUCAAUGAAGUUUCUUCCAUCUUAAAAGGUGAACAAACUUUAUCUGUUGGUAUUGUUGAUGGUAGAAAUAUUUGGAAAACUGAUUUCUCAAAAGCUGCUAAAUUCAUUAAAGCUGCUGUUGAAAAAGUUGGUGCUGAAAAAGUUAUUGUUGCUACUUCUUCUUCUUUAUUACAUACUCCAGUUGAUUUAGAAAAUGAAACUAAAUUAGAACCAAUUAUUAAAGAUUGGUUUUCUUUUGCUACUCAAAAAGUUUCUGAAGUUGUUGUUUUAGCUAAAGAAGCUUCCGGUGAUGAUGUUGCUACUGAAUUCGCUGCUAACGCUGCUUCAAUCAAAUCAAGAGUUGAAUCUUCAAUCACUACUAAUCCAAAAGUUCAAGAAAGAUUAGCUACUAUUAAUGAAUCCUUAGCUACCAGACAAUCUCCUUUCCCAGAAAGAUUAGCUGUUCAAAAGGAAAAAUACAACUUACCAUUAUUCCCAACCACCACCAUUGGUUCAUUCCCUCAAACUAAAGACAUUAGAGUUAACAGAAAUAAAUUCACUAAAGGUACCAUCACUGCUGAAGAAUAUGAAACUUUUAUUAACAAGGAAAUUGAAACUGUUAUUAGAUUCCAAGAAGAAAUUGGUUUAGAUGUCUUAGUUCAUGGUGAACCAGAAAGAAAUGAUAUGGUUCAAUAUUUCGGUGAACAAUUGAAAGGUUUUGCUUUCACCACUAACGGUUGGGUUCAAUCUUAUGGUUCAAGAUAUGUUAGACCACCUAUUAUUGUUGGUGAUGUUUCAAGACCAAAGAACAUGACUGUUAAAGAAUCUGUCUAUGCUCAAUCUUUAUCUAAAUCUCCAGUUAAAGGUAUGUUAACUGGUCCAGUUACUAUCUUAAGAUGGUCUUUCCCAAGAGAUGAUGUUUCUGGUAAAGUUCAAGCUUUACAAUUAGGUUUAGCUUUAAGAGAUGAAGUUACUGAUUUAGAAGCUGCUGGUAUUACCGUCAUCCAAGUUGAUGAACCAGCUAUUAGAGAAGGUUUACCAUUAAGAGCUGGUCAAGAAAGAUCUGACUACUUAAACUGGGCUGCUCAAUCUUUCAGAGUUGCUACUUCUGGUGUUGAUAACUCUACUCAAAUCCAUUCUCAUUUCUGUUAUUCUGAUUUAGAUCCAAACCAUAUUAAAGCUUUAGAUGCUGAUGUGGUUUCUAUUGAAUUCUCUAAAAAGGAUGAUCCAAAAUAUAUUCAAGAAUUCUCUGAUUACCCAAAUCAUAUUGGUUUAGGUUUAUUCGAUAUUCACUCUCCAAGAAUUCCAUCUAAAGAAGAAUUCGUUGCUAGAGUUGAAGAAAUCUUGAAAGUUUACCCAGCUGCUAACUUUUGGUUUAACCCAGAUUGUGGUUUAAAAACUAGAGGAUGGCCUGAAGUUAGAGAAUCUUUAACUAAUAUGGUUAACGCUGCUAAAGAAUUCCGUGCUAAAUAUUAA